AUGUAAAGCUGCAAGCAUCAAACAAUUAUUUAAUCAAUCUAUUCUGAUUAUGUUUUUGAUUCAUGGACCAAAAACUAUGAAACAUCUAGAAAUCAAGACCCUAAAACCACGAAAUUAAAAGUAUCAAGUUAAAGAAAAUAAUCUUUAAAAAUUAGAGCUAUAAUGAACUCGAAUAAUGAAUACAGUACAUCUUAAUCUCAAGCUCAGAAAAAAAAUUAAAAUAUAUUUCGUUAGUUGAUUUUAAGUAAUCUUGAAGAGCUAAAUGAUGAACAAUAAAAUGUACAUAUUUUUUCUAUAAAGAGAGUUAUUCAAAAUAAAGCGAGAGAUCAAAAAAUAAAUCUUCAAAUAGGUUUUAUUCACAACAUAAGAAAAGAUAAAAAGAAGAUUUUGAAUAGUUGACUGAAAGUAUUACUAAUAACUCUACAAUUUUCUCAUAGCCUCUCAAAAAUAGUAAACCAAGUAUGUUAAGUUUUUCUCAAAAUCGUAAAUUAAUUCUUCCAAAAAUAAAUCAAUUAUAAUCUCAAAAAUUAUUAAUAACAAAGUUUAAAGUUAUUAGCAAAGUUAUCGGAAAAUUUAUUUUAUUAUUUUAUCAAAUUUUGCCGAAUACUAACCCCUUAAAAUUACUAUAUAAGAACAAAUUAAAAAUGAUGAUGAAUUUAAAGAAAACUUUUAAAUUUGAAAGAAAUAUAGAUGAAGGUUUAUCUAAAUCUUUUACAUAAUGGGUAGAACCUGCAUUUUAAAAAAUUUUUUAUCAUCUCCAAAAUUCAUUACCAAAAAUUUAUCAAGAAAAUGUGAAAGAAUCAAAAGAAUAGAAGGAUUAAGAAGAAAUUUGGAUGUUAAACUUUGCAAAAUUUCUCUUUUAAAAUUUGGAAUUAAUUACAAGAAGAGGUAAUGUACCAAAAGAAAUAAUCUCUGCUAUGUCAAAAACUAUCUACAGAAAAAAUAAUAAAUAUCUAUAGUUAUUUAUAGCAUAAAGAACUUAAUUUAAUUAAUAUAAUUUAAAUUUUCUAGAAAUCCAAUUAAUUAUUAGUGAAUAUAUAUUGUUUAACGCAAUAUUAAUUCCGAUGUUUAAUUUAGCCAAUAAUUUGAAAUAUCAAUCAUUCAAUCAUAAUAUUAACUGCAAAAUAAAAAUAUUAGAGUUGGCAAGUAUUAUAAAUCUGUAUUACAUAAAGAACUUUAUAAAUAUGCCAAUAAAAGUGUUUGAUUUGUAAGAAGAAGAAAUUUAUUCAA